AUGGCAUCCAUGGCUGAAUGGUUAAAGCACCCAACUCAUAAUUGGGAAGUUGCGGGUUCAAUUCCUGUUGGAUUUCCACUUGUUCAACCUGAGAAGUGUAUUGUCAGAACUGGAUUGGAGGGUCAAGCAGCUCUAGAUUCAGGAAGUGUAGCUAUAGCUAAGCAAGGGGGGAAAAUAAAGUAUAUUGAUGGUGAAAAUAUCACCAUAACUUCAUCUGUUGCUCAAAACAAUAUAGAAACAGAAUUGAUUCUAUAUCAACGCUCUAAUAGCGAUACUUGUAUGCAUCAAAAACCUCGAGUUCACCAAGGGGAGUAUGUAAAGAGGGGACAAAUUAUAGUAGACAGUGUAGCUACAGCAGGGGGAGAACUUUCUUUGGGAAAAAACAUCUUAGUGGCCUAUAUGCCAUGGGAAGGAUACAAUUUUGAAGAUGCAAUACUUAUUAGUGAACAUUUGGUAUAUCAAGACAUUUUUACUUCUUUCCAGAUCGUAAGAUACGAAAUUGGAGUUUAUUUUACGAACCAGAGCCCUAAAGUAAUAACUAGAGAAAUACCUGAUUUAGAUGCUUACUUACUUCAUCAUCUGGAUGAAAAUGGCCUUGUAAUGAUAGGAUCUUGGAUAGAAACAGGUGAUGUAUUAGUAGGUAAAUUGAUACUAGAAGUAGAAGAAGACUCACUAUUAAAUACUCCAGAAGGAAAAUUAUUAGAAGCUUUAUUUGAUAUUAAGGCACCUACUGGAAAAGAAAAUUGUUUUAGAGUCCCUAAAGGUGUAAAAGGUCGAGUUAUCGUUGUGAGAUGCUUUCAGGAGUUCAAGGAAGACGAUUAUCUCAGCGAUAUUGUAGAAAAAGUUCAUGUAUAUAUUUUACAAAAACGUAAAAUACAAGUAGGCGAUAAAGUAGCUGGAAGGCAUGGUAAUAAAGGUAUUAUUUCAAAAAAUUUGCCCAGGCAAGAUAUGCCUUAUUUAUAG